ACAUCGACCGAAUUUUUAUAAAAGCGUAGUGUUUAUAUGCUGAAUUUUAUCGCUAUUUUUUUUCAUCGAAAAAUAUAUAUAAAAAUCAUGGAUAAAAAAAAAUACUUUUGAUGUUUAAAACAUGACUUCAGAAAGUAGUUCAGAAUUAAGUGCAUCUGAGUUACGUUCAAAGUUAUUUAAAUCAUUAAAAGAAAAAGGCAUUCUUCAGUCAGUUAAGGCUCAGCUGAGAAAUCGUUUGGCUCAAGAAUUGCAAGGAAAAAUUGGUGCAAAAAGAAAUAAUGAAAAAUCUCAGCAAGAUUCUUCUUCAAUAUUUUUGCAGGUUGCAAAUAGUGUGGUUGCAAAUCACUUACAGUCUUGUUCAUAUGAUUAUACAUUUUCUGUUUUCAUUUCUGAAGGUCUUGGAAGUUUAGACAAAAUAAUCUCACUUAAAGAAGUACUUCAAAUGCUUCACAUUCAUUCUGAAUCAGUAUUUUAUAAAACCUUAAACCAAAUUUCAGCUUCACAAAAUAGCUCAGGUUUUUUAUGGUGUUUACUUCAGUACAUUUCUGAAUCAUUUAAUAAUGAUGUAAAAGAUAUCGGUGUUCAAACUAAUCACAUUGAAACAGAAUUUCAAGAGUCAUUAGACCAAAAAUUACUUGACGUAGAAAGAUUUCAGUAUAAGAAGAUUCAACAUCACCUUCAAGAAGAAGCUGAAUCACUAGAAGCAAAGGUUUUGGUAUUUCAGCGUAAAUAUGACAUGCAAAAAAGAGCAGAACUUGAGGCUGAAAUAGAAAGGUUUCGAUCUUCAGAACUUGCUAUGAUGAGAAUUGAAGAAAGAGAAAAAUGCAACAAAGAAAUUUCUAAUAUCCAAAUUGAGUUUGAGAAAACAUACAGCAAAAAGUUGAAAGAUCUUGAUAGAGAGCUGGAAGAAGUGAAACGAAAAUCUGAAAAUCAACAGCAGGCACUUGAUAAGGAAAGUUUUGAACAAAGACAGAAGAUUUUAUUAGAGCUGCAAACAUUAAAAGAGCGUGAGCUUGAAGUUAAAAGAAAUCAAGAUAUAGCUCUUAGAAAUUUAGAGACAUAUGAAAAAGAAUUAAAAUUAAAGACGGAUCAGUUACAAUUUAAGGAAGAAACGAUGAAGCAACAUGAAGAAAUCUAUCAACUUCGAUUAAAAGAUGAAAUUAAAAGAAUUAAACUUGAAAUGAUUGAAGAUGAAACAGAAAAAAAAAAGAAGCUUGAGCAACAGGAGCAGGAGUUAAAAGAGGAAAAAAUUCAAUUUGCUGCUCAGAAAGAAAUGUAUAUGAAAUGGAAAGAAGAAGCAGACUCAUGGAAAAUUCAAAAUCAACAGUUAAAUCUUCAAUUAAUGGGAUCUAAACAAACAGCAACUUUACUUCAAGAACAACUUUUUCAUCUUCAAAAUCAAUUAAGUAAGAUUGAAAAUUAUAAAUUGCUUAAAAUGGAAAACCUUAAUUUGAAAAAAGACAUAGAGUGCUUAAAAGAGAAUUAUGAAAAAUCAAUUGAACAGGGCAUACAAAAAGAACAUGAGCAUAAAAAAGUUCUUAGCGAACUUAUUGGGAAAGUUUCGAUGGCAGAAGAGAAAAGAAAAUUUUUAGAAGAUCAGCAGAGAAACAGUGCACAUCAAAAAAACUACAAUGUUCUCCAAAAAAAAUAUGAAGUCCUGAGUCUUAAAUAUAAUGAAAUGCGUCAGCUAUAUGAGGAUUCUCUAGUAUCUCAACGAGAGUUACUGCGAGUAGUUGAAGAGCUUCGAUCAGCAUUAUUUCAUGCAAACCAAGAAAAAACACGUUUAACAAAAUUAUAUGAAUCAAAAAACAAAGUCACAUUCUCUCAAUUACCAACUGAUAUCACAAUUAGAAGAAACAUGCAAAAUGAUUUUGUAAACGAGUUUGAACCCAAUAAUAGUUAUACAGCAGAAAUAAAGCAAGUUGACAACUUUGCUUUAAAAAAACUUGAAGAAGAGGCAUUGGAACUAGAAAAGACUUACCAACAGUUUUUGGAAAGACAAAAGACUUUUAAAAAUAAAUCUCCCCACGUACAUUUUAAUAUACCUACUCAAUUUCAAUCUUCUGGUUCAAUGCAAAGUUCGAAACAUUCUAUUAGUUGGAUUAAAGCAACUAACCCUAGUAAUUCUUAUGUCCCAUAUCAAUUUGAAUCAUCUAGAAUAGAGUCUAUGAAACCAUCUUCAUAUACAAUGACAGCUCGUUCCUGUUCACCAUCUUCAACACUAGCUGGUAAUUACAAAGAAUCUACUUCAUUUGGCAUAUCAGAACUGUUAAGCAGAGCAGAAGAGAGUAGAUUAGAUGUCAAUCCACUGGCAUAUGGAAACAGUAAAACAUUGCAGCCAGCAGAUUCAUCUGUUUUAACUUACCGAACUCCACCACAGUUUAAAGAUACAGUGUCUUUAACACAAUUUUCUUUGUCUGAAACUCAAAAUUUUAAAACUUUGACACAAUAUCAAUUGACAGAUUCUGAUGUAAGAAAGUCUCCCCAUGAAGAUCUAGUUUUUACAAAACCUGUCAUAAGCAGACUUGAUACAUUAACAGAGCAAAGUAUAAAUAUUGAAGAUGGCGAAGGUAACAAAGUAUAUGAAGCAACACACAGUAACAUAACAAGACAAGAAGAAUUAUAUCUAAACAAAGAACUUGCUGAAGAUGAAGAUUUAUUACAAGAAACAUCUAUAGCAACCUUUGAGAGUCCAAUUAAAUUACUAACAAAAGCAGACAUGCAUACAUUUAGUACAAGUAAAUCCCCACAUGAACAAUCAAUAAAUGAACCAAUCAAAACAGACAUGCAUAUAUUUAGUACAAAUAAAUCACAUGACAAACAGUCUUCUGAGAGCAAAUCUCAUGACUUAAGCAGUAGAUUGUCAAAAUCAUUGAGCGUUCAAGAAUUACGUGUAACAGAUUUGUCAUCUAAAAAUGUGGCAAGUGAAGCUAAAGAGAAUGAACCAAUCAAAAAUAAUGUUAUGGCUGAAUACAUGGAGAUGCUUUUACAGAAUCAUGUCGAUGAACUAACAAAAAAAGAUGGUCAGUCAGGAAACAAAAUACAAUUAAAUGAAGAACUUAACUAUCAUCUGUCCGAUCACGAAAAAAGUUCAUUUCCAAAUUCUUUAAAAGACACUGGUGACGACAGAAGUAUUUCAUCUGGAUCGUUUAAAUGGUAAAUCGAACAUAUUUUACGAUAAAGUUGAUGAAAAAAUUACUAUAAUUUAAUUUUUUUGUAUUUAUUUAAAUCAUUAAUAAAUUCUUCAUUUAA